AGUUCAAGUGACUGCUAUUUAUGUUUUUAAAAGGAAAGAAGCAAGUGUGAUGAAAUUAAGGUUAAUAAUGACUAUCCACAAAUUACUCUGUCAUGUUUCACCAGCUCCAGGAAUUAAAAAGGAAGUCUUUGGGCCACAGCCCUUUGAAGUGCCGUCCUUUUAGUUUCGAGUCUUGGGUGAACAAUGACAAAGCCCUGACUUCAAGUAAUAAAAGCUUAAUAAAUCAGCUGGAGAUGCGAAGAGGCUCAGGUUAGGGAUAUUCCAGAUUGUAAUAUAACAGGUAAGGCACUUUACAUUUUGGUCAGAAGCCAAGAUCUUGUUAAAAAAUAAUAUUUUAGGAGGUUAGAUCUUAAACAAACCGAGGACAUUUCUUCAAAAAUUGCCAUUGUUGCAGGAAAUUAGUGGACAUUUAUUUGAAAAGAAGGCAUUUUAAUAACCUUUGCGGUGUUCAUAUUCUAAGAAUGAAAUUAAAGGUGUAUUUUAACGUCAUCUGCGUAGAAAUGAGCUGAUGAUUUUUCAAGGGAAAACAAGUGCAAAGCCAAAAAGCCAGAGGACCCAGUAUGGAGCCUUGGGGAACUCCAGAAAAAUUGAUCACCGGAUCUAAAAAAGAUCCCUUCACAGAGGUAAGAGAAAAUUUGUCAAUUUUUAAUCAGUACUAUGAUGUAGACCAUUAAGCAGACCAUUCAUCUGUUUGUUAGAAGAGCUGUUUCAAAUAGUAAUGUCUGACAAAAGAAACCACUGAAACAUUAUCGGUGUCAAACUGAAUGAGAAUACCGGGACAUGAUGCUAAUAACGAGAAUACAUUAGGGUACUUUUAAACUGAGAAGGUGGAAGGGUGUUAUCAGCAAGAAACUGAAGGCAAUAUCAUCACGGAACUCUCACCUAGUGUACUGUAGGUGUGAAUUAUGGGGUGAUUUUGCGUCAUCUCGACAUUUUCUGUCUUAUUUUGUUUUUCAAAGAGGGGAACAAACAGGUGCCGAAGAAAUAACAAAUUUUAAUGAGCUCAACUGUGCCAUUUUUUUUAACCCGAUAAAUGCUGGAUGAAUUCAAAAGUCCUAAUUAAGACUUAUUAACAACUUUUUAUCUAAAUUCCUUUCCCCCAACCUUUCUUGCUCUCUUAGGAUGAAGCAAUGUCUACUUAUGACACUAUUUCACAGAUUUAAAGCAAUAUUUCUUAACUUACAAAGAAUUUUCGUCUUUCACGGUUUAGUUUUAUAAAUUUUUAAGUGUCUCAACAUUUCAUUUUCACAUGAAAAUAGCAAGGAUUAAAGACAAAUUGAACGCUUUUUUCGUUGUUAUAACAAUAUGUUUUGGAGUUUUCCUUAUUUCUCAAAGGCAGAGUCACUCCAUUUCUCCAAUUCUGAAGGAAAAAAACGCAAACCUUAAAGUUACAGCAUAAACGCACUGAAUUGCUUUGUAAUCUAACACGUCGAGCCUAUGUCUUUAUAAGUGAGGUAGUUUGUGCUGUGUAUAGUGAAAAAUCUGCCCACUUUGACAUACAGCCUCACACUUCUUCCGAUUCUCAGAUAUUAGAGUUACAAAAACACAAUAGUAGAAAAAACACAAUGUCUAUUUUCAGUUUUGUAAUUAUCUGAGCAAUAAGUCAUACCUCUGCUAAAAAAAAAAAAGCACAACAACUACUGAUACAGACGACAGGCGGUCAUACAAUGAGUGUUUAUAAAAAAAUGUCAUCAUGGAAUUUUCUCAAUCCUAGUGGGUGGGUAUAGAUGACUUCCAAUACCAUAUAUAUAUAAAGGCCAGCUAGCAGAGUUCAUCAAGAACUGCUGAGCGUCAAGUGAAUCUGUUACUACAGCCGCUAUGGAUAGUAAACCCAAUGGACCUCUGAUGCCCUUUGGUAAAUAUCUUCAUUAUUCUCAAUAUAACAUGCAUGUAUUUAAUAAUGCAGUUUAAUAUAUAGCCACUGGAAUGUCCAGUAUAAAUGUAGAAUUCUGUGAAUUGUGUUACAAGUAAGCUCAUACAUGUGCUUGAGUUUGUUUAGAAGGCUUAAGACAUAAAAAAGACUAAAGACGAGAUAAAAACUGAUCCUAGUCCACUUUUCCACACUUCAUUGUUUGGAAAAAUUCAUUCGUUUUGUAGCAAUAUUUGCUCAGCCUUGUUGAUUUGCUGAAGUAAUGCUGCAAUUUCCUGUUUUUAAGAGGAACUCACCCUAGAACAGAUGGCAUUUGUUUCCUCCUUGUCCUUGGUGUCACAUUUUGAGUCACCUGUAUCUGCUCGAUCUUUUCUCAGUACUCGUCUUGAUGCUCCUGGAAGUUAACGGAAAUUCUCUGUUAGUUACUCCGUCUCAGUUCAGCUGCGACGACGUCUUCCACAGCACUAAGUCGGUCACGAGUUUAUUGAAUCUCGAAAUAAAUCGACUGCUGGAAAAAUACAUAGAGCUCGAUGGACCCAGGAAUGAAUCAAUUCCAGAUGAUGUUCCCAGCUCCACGAUAUCCGGCAUCAGUAUUUCUGAGAACCUGCAGUACAUCUGUGUCAAGAACAAGCUUUUUUACCUGCACCUUUUACAAGUAGAAAAAUAUCAGAAGGAACUUUUUUCCAAUCCUCCAGCUGUUUUGGGGCGCGUCAGUGGUCACCUCCGCAACCAGUUUAGUCUAUUAAAAGCUAUUCUCAGGUACGUAGACCCAAAGAUCACUGUGUUGCCGACGCCGUCCCCACCACAGCUGUCCCAUGAUGAUGCCUUCGAAAAGAAAAUCUACGGCUGGGGGGUUAUACAAAGACUGAAGGACUGGAUGGCACAAGUGCCGGCAGUGCUUGUUCAGGCGGAGAGAGUGUGUCUCAACAAAAUGGCAGGAUCCAGGUAAUUAAAGACAAAAUGAUGUAAAACCCAUGAUAGAUCUGCUGACGUUGCUAAAACAGUUUUGCGAUGUCUUCUGAGGCGCUUUGUGAGGGCUCCUCAUCCUCAUUGAUAAUUUCCAAUGUCCUGAGUGCAUUUGGCUGCAAGAUCAGCUGGAAAUCAGCUUGCUUUGUACAACUUGUACACUUCUAGUGUGAAAGCUCUGUUGGGCUUCUUUUCAUAUAUGCAUUACUACUACUGAUAUGGUAUUUAUACAUAUUCAUUUGCUAAGAAUGUAAAUAAAUGUGAAUUAAAUCUAUGGUCAGCAGACACCGAUGUAGCUUAAAUAGGAUUAUUUAUAUAUUUAUGGGAUAUGUAUUUAUUUUCAUUGACAACUAUUUAAAAAGUUAUUAUUAUUAUUUAUACAAUGUAGCCUUAGAUUAAAGCAGUUUUUGCAAUGUACAUAACAGAAAAGUGAACAAAAUAUGCAAAUAUGCGCCUUUUUUUUGUGUAAAGUCCCCCUUUCCAACAUUAACAGUAUUAUUAAGAUUCUUGUGUAUGUGUGCUGGUUAGUGAUUCAUUUUAACAUGUGUACGUUGUGAGCUUUUAUGUUUGAUUUAUUUUGCUGUGAUGUUGGUGUGGAUGACAGUCUGUGUUAAGUGAAAACAGGUUUGUGUCAUUAGAUCCUCAGACCUGCCUGAAAACUGUCAAAAUGUGGGAGGAUGUGUCAAACUUUUCUGCAAUAGAUGACAUUCAGUUGAAGUUGGUGGACGCUCAAAUGUGUACACAAAGCAAUAUGUGAUACCAGCAGCAACUAAUGAAUCUUAAAUGGAUGCUUUGUUUGUUAUUUUGUGUUUUUUAAUGCUUUGUAUCUAUUCAGUCACACCUGUGCUCACCUGAGCAGAUGGUAUGUUCCAGCCAGGAGAAGCUAAAAGGCUGUGAGGCAGCAAGUUUUUGGGGGGUUCUUUUUCUCCAGAUUGAGUUUCUUGUUUUUAUCACUGUUCAUCACACUGUUCGUUUUUGUUAUAAAUACCUGUGUAUUCUGUUAGACAGAACAGACAUAACAACUGCAUUAAUCUCUGUAAAGUCUCCUGUUAAACCUAUUAAAGCAGUUCUGUUAGAUCCUGCACCAUUCUGGGGCUUUAAUGCAACUUUUUUUCCUGAGAAUCUGACUGUUCAUCAUCAGUCCUCCCCCCUUUGAUUUGCUUUACACAUUAAGCAAAUCAAACAGCAUUGUGUGGUUUUAAAAAUUAGUCAGCGAGUCAAACUGGAUUGAACUGGUCCCACGAAAGGAUAUUGUUGAGUUGUGGUUCGAGUCACAUCUACGCACAGGAAGUGUUGCGUAAAGGGGAUCAGAGAAGGAAUGAAUCAAACAGUGUAAAUAUGUUGUCACAUGUAGCUUAAAAACAACUGACGUACAUAGAAAGUGAAUUUAAAUAUCAGCUUUAUACAUUAGCUUUGGUGUUGAAAAUAAAAGUGUGCUGUAUUGGGACAUACAGUAUGUUUUCUCAAUACAUGAACCAAAAUCCUAACCUGAAUCAGUGGGUUUGGUUUAGGUUACAGAAUAUUUAUCAUUGUUUACCCCUUUUAAGAUGAUCUAUGGUUAGAUUGCGUGACAGCCAUAUCACAUGUACAUCAUCUUCAUCAGAAAUUUGCCGUAUUUCCUCCAGGAAGUGACAAAAAAACAAAUUGUGCAAGGUGCUGACCUGCUAGAGGAACCCAACGUCAGUUGGUUUGCUGGUUUGGAUAUGGCUGAUAGAGAUAUGGGGGGAAGUUAAUCUUCAUCACGUCUUUCACACGCCUCCUUUGAGAGGUUUGCAAAUAUAAAAAUGAUCCUCAGUCACUCAGGUUACUUUAGAAUCUGUCCUUGACCCCUGAGAGGAGGAAGAAUGGGUCUGAAAUACAGAGCAGUUGCAUGUGCCUGGAUAAUGGUUCUGAUGCAAGGAUUGGAUGCAGGACAUGCAGGAACACAGAGACACGCUGCUGCUGCCUCAUGCAGGCCGAAGGAGCUGACAGCUCUGACCAGAAGGCUGGUGGACGAGAGCUUGACGGGUUUUGAGGAAGCCAACGGGAAGCACCUCGGCACCUGGUCUCCUGGCUUCCCCGAGCUGCAGGUCCACCAGAACGCUCCUGUGGUCGGGUCAAAGGUUCAGUGCAGCCUCUUCUUCAUGGCCGGAGCCCUGAAAGAAGUGCUGGACGACCAGAAGAACAACCUGAAUCCCAAAGACGUUUCCCUUCACGAGAAGCUCCGGGACGCCAUCUCCAGGGUGAAUCUGCUGGAGGCCUGUCUGAAGACCAUUCUCGGAGGUGAAUGCUCCCCAAAACCUUCCCUGCCCACGAUGCCUGAGCAGGCAUUCGAGAGGAAACAGUUUGGCCACACUCUGUUAAAGAGGGCCAGGCACUACCUGGACUGGCUGCAGGGCAAGUUUGUGGUCCACGGUUUAAAGGCGAGUGAGCCAAAUAAGACGAAAUCCAAAGUUAUUAAGGUAACGCCUCAGAAAUACCUGGAGGGGAGCAGAUACCAGCUGUAAUUUUAAAAGUAAAAGUUGACGGCAGUUUGUGUUGCAGACGUGGUUACAGUUUAUGGCAGCUUUUCAUUUAACUUUUGAUUUUAUUUGUUUUUAAAAUUUGUAAAUGCGUAUUCAUCAAUAUGAAGAAAGUUUACAGAGUGUCUCAGUUUUUACUCUGCAGGAAAAAAUUUAUUUAAUGCAAAUGCAGUUUGAAGUUGGUGAAAUAGCCAAUUGAACACUUUUUAAAGUGGAAUCUCAACUCUUCACAGGCAUUUUUUGACAUGUUUGGGAAACUGUUCUUGCUUGUAUUAGAUGACGGGGUUGAUUAGACUGUCAUUUCUGUGCAAAAAAAAGGAGCUAUGAUCUUAAUUUUGUCAGGUAAAUGUAAAUGUAGCACCAAGUUAGCUUAGCUUAGCAUGAGGGCUGAAAACAGGGGAAACAGCAACCAAAUCCAUUUACUAGCACAUCUUUCAAUAAGAAAAAAGAAAACAAACGUAAAACACCAAACUGUGAUUUUAGAGGAUUUCUUGCAUUGAAGUAGUGUUUUACCUGGUAGCAGAAACUCCUUUUUUACUUUGCAGGUAUGAGUGGCAACUUUAAGCAAGAAAUUGGCCAAUUCCCCACAAUGUCAUGCCAUUAAAUUUCUAUCAGAAAUGUCUUUGUUCUGUUAAACUUGACACCUCACAGCAACUGACACAUUCUCCUGCGAUGGUGAUUAAUCAACUUGCCAAGAAAGCAAAUGAGAAGCGUCUCUAAUACAUUUCCUAAUUACGGCAGUUUGUUUUCUCGGCCUUCACAGUGAUUAAUUGUUUUGCUCGGGCCACCUAUCCCCUGUGAGCCGGCUCACAUUGCCUGAGGUAGAAAGAGAAGCUGAUAAGAAUCGCCGCUUUGGACUCCAGUCACUGCAUUUUGCAGUGAAAUUUGCGGACAGAUGGACAGUGCACAGUGAGGCAGAUAACACUGUCAGACUCCCAUCAAAGAGAUGCAAAAGAACAAGAGUGUAACAAAAAGAUUAAUGUGGGGCUCGUUCUGCAAGAAUAGGUGAUCAAUUAUUGUUCUGUUAGAAGUUACAGUGUAUUUGUUCGUCUGUACGACCUUCAAAUGAGUCUCUGUAGUGCUAGAAAUAAUUAGGACUCUUAAAUUGUUUUAUAUUUUGGAUAUAAUUGACAUUUUUUUAAUUAUCAGACAAACCUUCCUUUAAAAGACUGAAAUUGUUUUUCCAAACUGACAUCUAUUUAUUGUUUUCCUUCACUGAGCCUUAUUUCUUCUUGUCAUUUUAAAAAAAUAAAUUAAAUUAAAGAUCACUUGUGUUCUCUGGUCAACCAUUAGAUGCAUCAGUGGGUCAAAAAAUGACCUGGUGACGUAGUUUUCUUGUAAUAUCUUUGAAAUGAAAAGUUUUUAUAAUUUCAUAUUCCAGCUAUUCCUCACAAAACAUGCUUUUGAUAUCAUCCCAUUUAAAUUUUUAAGUUACCUUUUAGACUUUUAAAGAAAUUGUCAUAUUGGAGGGAUGGAGAGCAGCAACAGCUGGAGGAAAAGAGUGGAAAAACGUCAACAGAAUGGAAGUUGACAUUUCUAUUGCUGCUCUGUGUAAUAUUCUUUUUCAAUGAUCAAAAUUUUCAAAAUCUGUUAUAAAGUGAAAAAUAAACCUAUUUCUAACAUGAAAUUAUUCUUGUAUGGACAAAAAUGUCACAUAAAUUACUAUUCUGAACCAAAAUGACAAAAAAAAAAAAAAAAUAGCAUGAAAACACAUUGAUUCUUAUAUGGGUCAUUUUUGACCCACUUAUGGAAUAGUGUAGGGUCCAAUCACUCGUGCAUUUAAGGGUUAACUAAACCCAUGGUAUCUUAUAUUAGUGUUAAAAUGCAAAUUUUUCCUAAUUAGGCUUGUUUUGGUUAAACUCACUGCUUUAAACCUGUAAUGUAAAAGUAAAAAAAG